AUGUGUGGCCGGAUGGCAGCCGCUUCUCGGCUGUCAGGUCCUGCACGUGCGUGCAAACUGUUUAGUAUGGAGGUGAGAUGGUACACUGGGAGAGGCCGGCUGCCGACAGCUUCCGCCCGUGGUGGUUGCUUCGCCGGAGCAGGCGCAGCCAUGAUAAACACAGGGCACGUCGCAAUUGUAAAAGUUGGUGCACAGAAUUUGCCGUGGCCCGUGCUCAAUAUUAAUGUUGAAAAGUUUUCUUUGCGUGAGGUCGGGAGAAGCAGGCAGCAGAGGAGAAGCCCUUGGUGGCGCCAGUACACAAUAGGGUGA